AUGAGGUCAUUCAACCAGGUUUCAUCAGCCCCAGGCGGGGCGAGCAAAGGUGGUGGAGAAGACCCGGGGAAACUGUCUGAGCCGGCAGAGGAAGAACCUUCCCAGGUUUUGCAUGGGACUGGUCAUUGCAAGUGGUUCAAUGUGCGCAUGGGAUUUGGAUUCAUCUCCAUGAUAAACCGAGAGGGAAGCCCCUUGGAUAUUCCAGUCGAUGUAUUUGUACACCAAAGCAAACUAUUCAUGGAAGGAUUUAGAAGCCUAAAAGAAGGAGAACCAGUGGAAUUCACAUUUAAAAAAUCUUCCAAAGGCCUUGAAUCAAUACGGGUAACAGGACCUGGUGGGAGCCCCUGUUUAGGAAGCGAAAGAAGACCCAAAGGGAAGACACUACAGAAAAGAAAACCAAAGGGAGAUAGAUGCUACAACUGUGGUGGCCUUGAUCAUCAUGCUAAGGAAUGUAGUCUACCUCCUCAGCCAAAGAAGUGCCAUUACUGCCAGAGCAUCACGCACAUGGUGGCAAACUGCCCGCAUAAAACUGUUGCACAGCCGCCCGCCAGCUCUCAGGGAAGACAGGAAGCAGAAUCCCAGCCAUGCACUUCGACUUUCCCUCGAGAAAUGGGAGGCGGGCAUGGCUGUACAUCACCACUGUUUCCUCAGGAGGCGAGGGCAGAGAUCUCAGAACGGUCAGGCAGGUCACCUCAAGAAGCUUCCUCCUCCAAGUCGUCUGCAGCACCAGAAGAGCAAAGCAAGAAGGGGCCUUCAGUCCAGAAAAGGAAAAAGACAUAACACUUGUUAAUGUAUCGCUUUCUUUACCCGGUUGGGACGUCUACCUCAUGCAAGUAUAGGGGAACA